AUGGCGGUGUGUGAUCUACGCUCCCCAGCGCAAACCCCUCCCAUCCACCUCACCUGCUUCGGCGGAGCCUCGGUGCCGAGCCUGCUCUUUCUCCCAGGCACGUUGCGCCUUGUACACCUAUUGGCCCCUCCCUCAGCAGCUGCUGCAGGGACCCUCCCUCAGAAGCUGGUGCUGGACCUUAAACCUUCUCUCACCGCUUCCUCCCCCUCCCUUCCGAUCCCUCCUCCUCCUGUCGCCCCAUGCCUUUCAGGUCAGGAGCAGGUGUUGGCAGCUGCUGCUGGGAACUCCGUUUUCCUUGUUGACAGGCGAAAGUCCGAACCACCCCCUUCAAAUGUUCUUCCAUCGUUUGCACGUAUAGCCAACCCCAAGCUGUGCAAGUUCUGUGGCAAGAAGUUCGAGGGCGGAACAAACCGCUGUGCAAUCCAUCUCGCGACAUGGAAAGGGCAGGAGAAGCGCGCUGUGGCGUUAUGCAAGGACGCGCCCACGGCAGUCCGCGAUGAAGUCUGUGGCAUGUACGAGACCAAGGCGGAACAGCAGGACUUGAAGCGAGGGGCGGCCGCUGCUGCAAUUCACUCCGCGCUUGACGCUGUCAGUGGAAACCCGGAGAAAAAGAGCAAAAUUACGGAUUUCUUUGGCAAUGAGGCGACGUGCGCCAAGGAGGACGCGGAUAACGCGCUUUGCCUUCUGUUCGCGGGGCUGAAACUUCCGGAGCGCAUUGCGGACGAUUCGGUCUUCCGCUACGCGAUCCAGUGCAUUGCGCGCGCUGGACCUGGGUACGUCCCUCCUAAGAGGCGCUACAUUGGAGGGGCAGGCUUGAAGAAGGUGCGGCAGAAAAUAGAGGUCGCGUUCGCCCCCGUUGCCGCGAGCUGGAAGCGGGACGGGGUAACGGUGUCGUCGAACAUGAUGACCGACCGUUGUGGCCGCCCGCAGGCCAACGUGCUCCUUGUCAACGACUCCGGCGCAGUUUUCGAGCAGGCGGUGGACUGCAACAUGGAGUCGAAGACCGGGGGGUACAUCGCCAGCCUUCUCCGCCCCGUCAUUGAUAAGGUGGGGCCGGAGAAUGUGGUGGCGGUCUGCACCGAUGGCGGCAGCAACUAUGCAUCGGCCGCCAAGAAGAUUGCGAGCACAUGGCCGCACAUUGAGCAUGUGCCAUGUGCCACGCAUGUCCUGGACCUGAUGAUGGAAGAUAUGGGCAAAAUGGGAUGGGCGAAAGGGCUUGUGGAGAAAGGAGGGGAGAUGAUUACCUUCGUGCGCAACCACCACUUUACCCGUGCCUAUAUGAAGAAAAUGGGGGGGAAGCAGGUGCUCAAGCUUGCGGGAACAAGGUUCGGGACACAAUACAUAGCCAUGGCCCGGCUAUGUGAGGUGAGGAGUGGGCUGGCGGCGAUGGUGCCCAGCGACGAGUGGAAGGUGUGGGCAGCGGCGGACAAGGAUAGGAAGACAGCAGCUGAGAAAUUCAGGGCUGCUGUGAUGGAUGAGGAGUGGUGGGGGGUGGCGGAGUUCUUUACCUCUCUCAUGGCGGUGCCAUUCAAGGCCAUGCGGGCCACAAACUCUUCCGCGAAAGGCAUGAUGGGUAAGCUGUAUGACAUCAUGCUACAGCUUACCGAGGACAUCAAUGACAAGCUCGACGCUUCAAGUGACUUCUUGACUCGGACAGAGAGGGCAGACAUCACCAAGAUUGUGAAGGACAGGUGGGACAACUCCCUUGCCUGCCCCAUGCAUGUGGUUGGCCGGAUCCUGAAUCCGGCCAACCAGGAGGGAAUUUUCAGGAACGAUGUGGAGUGCACGCGGGUGUUCAAGGACUACAUCGAGCGCCACUAUGACAACAAGACCUUCAAGCGUGGCAAGGAUGGCGCCCCUCGCCGCGCCUCCCUUGUGCUGCAGGAGGCAUUGCUGGCCUACAUCAACAUGGAGGGCAGCUUUGGCAAGCCGGGCGCCAUUUCUGCAAAGGAGGCAGUGAAGAAGGGGGAGAUGAGCAUGGUGCAGUGGUGGUCGUGGCACAGCACCGAGUAUCCUGAGCUUGCCGCCCUUGCAUGCCGGGUGCUCACUCAGCCCGUCUCGGCUUCCCCAUGCGAGCGUGGCUGGGCGCAGUGGGAAGGCGUCCACACCGCCCGCCGCAACCGGCUCGGGUCCGCCAAGUGUGCGGACCUUGUCUACAUUGCGCACAACUGGAACGUUGUGCGCAAUUGGUACAAGAAGGAUGGGGGCAGCACGGUUGUGCCCGGUAACAUCCCGGAUGCCCCUAUCCCCCCCGGCUAUAACAUGGAUGAGGAGGAGGAUGACAUGCUGGGGGAGGAAGGAGAGGAUGCAGUGCUGGCGGAUGAGUAUGGGGAAGGUGUGGUGGUGGAAAAGCCCCGCAAGAAAAUAGGUGGCUUUCUGCACCACUCUCGAUCUCUCCCUACCACCCUUCACCAGUUGGCAGUGGACCGUAAGGGCGACUUCCUGGCUGCUGCAGACGAUUCAGGGCAGGUCAAGGUCAUCAGUCUCAUCAACCACUCGCUGCAUCGAACCCUUCGAGGCGUGCAUAGCUCGACUUUCCAGCUUCUCUCCUCUCUUCCUCUCCUUCUCUCCUCCUCUCCUCCUGUCUUCUUCUCGCUCCCUCCCCUCUCACUGAUUCUGCAUCUCACCGUUGCUCUGCUCCAUCUGUCUCCAAUCUUUCCUCUCUUCCUCUCCUCUCCUUCUUUCUCCUCCUCUCUCCCCUCCAUCGCCCUCCAGUGUUCUCAGCUGCUCUCGAGUGUACCUGGGCUCAAUGGGACUUUGCUUCUGGCCGAUCCGUCUUUUGAGUCGACUCAAAAGUUCUCUCGAGUGUACCUGGGCUCAAUGGGACUUUGCUUCUGGCCGAUCCCUCUCUUAAUUUAUCCUCUUUCUGUGAUUCCCAGUCAGAAUCUCUCUCCCACUUCCUCCCUCCUCUCCUCCUCUCUCCCCUCCAUCGCCCUCCAGUGUUCUCAGCUGCUCUCGACUUGGGACUUCGCCUCUGGCCGACCCCUCCGCUCAGUCAACCUGUCAGCAGAUACCACCUCCCCCAGCCCGCCCUCCCCCAACACACCCUCCUCCGCCUUCUCGUCUCGCAUGUGCAAUCCUCCCUUCAUCCACUCUCUAUCUGGCGAUGGCACUGUAGCAGUGUGGGAUGCUGAUGCUGACGUGGAUGGUGAAGGGGAGAGGAGGGGGGGAGGAGGAGGAGGAGGAGGAGGAGGAGGAGGAGGAGGAGGAGGAGGAGGAGGAGGAGGAGGAGGAGGAGGAGGAGGAGGAGGAGGAGGAGGUGGUGGUGGGCAGGAAGAGAGAAGGAGGAGGAGUGGGGGCAGAGGCAUAGGCAGAGGCAGAGGUAGAGGAAGUGGAAGUCGUGGAGGAGGAAGACAGGGAAGAGGGGGAAGUGGACGGCCUAGGGAUGGCAUUGCUGCUGUUCCUGCAACGAUUGCAGAGGACUCAGAACUGGAUAACGAGGAAGCUUGUAACGGGGACAAUCGCGUUGCAGCAAAGGAAGAGGGGAAGGAGAGGCGGGGAAGGGAGGAGGAGGCGGAGGAGGGGAAGAGGAGGGGAGGUCGGCUACUUGUGUUUGGAGGACCAAUGGCGGCAGCAGCAGCAGGUGGUGCUGCAGCAGCUGCUACAGCCAGUUGUGGUGGAGAGAGUGGGGAAGGUGGGGAAAGCGGGGGAGGAAGUGGGGGGAGUGCUGAGAGAGGAGGAUGGGGAGGAGGAGGGGAAGGAGGGGCAAGAGAAGGAGGGAUGCGUGGUCAUUGCGCGUCAGUCGCUGCUGUAACAUUCUGUCGCUUUGCUCCCCCGUCCGCCCCUCUUCUCGCCUCUGGGGGAAACGACCGACUCGUGCUGCUCUGGGAUGUGGCACACGCACUCUCUCCCUCCUCCUCCUCUUCCUCCUAUCUCUCCUCCUCGCCCUCUUCUCCUGGUUCCUCCUCCUUUGCCUGUUCGCCCCGAGCUAGAGAGGCCAGUGAAGCGGAGAGUGCUGAUAGUGAGUCUGACUCAAACAAGGAUGAAGGGCGGAAAGCGGCAGGUGGGAGGGAAUCGUUGGCUCCACUCAUUCGCAUACAGCAUGGACGGAAGUCACCAGCAACCAUGGCUUCCUUCAUCGCUAAGACCCCCGUCGCAGCGCAGACGGCGACUCUGAAGUCGUCGUUCCUGGGCUCCAAGCCGCAGGCGAAGGCCGCGAGCGCUGCGCUGCCAGUGAAGAAGUCCGACCCGCGCGUGGUGUGCCAGGCUGAUGACCGUUGGGGUGCGCUGGGCCGCGAUAUGUCCGACGACCAGCAGGACAUCACCCGUGGCUAUGGCCUGGUCGAUGCCGCCUUCCAGGGUGCUCAAGGCAUUGGCACGCACAAGGCUGUUCUGUCGUCGUACGACUACGUCAGCCAAGGCCAAAGGAGCCUGCAGUGGGACAACACCAAGGACGGCUACUACAUCGCUCCCGCGUUCAUGGACAAGGUCGUCGUGCAUCUUGCCAAGAACUUCAUGAAGCUACCCAACAUCAAGGUGCCGCUCAUCCUGGGAGUGUGGGGAGGCAAGGGUCAGGGCAAGACAUUCCAGAUGGAGCUCAUCUUCGCCAAGCUCGGCAUCAAGUGCGUCGCCCGCCUUCCCUCUCUUUGUCGCUCUCCACUUCCUCGUUGUCGUUCGCCCUCCCUCCCUUUUCGUCGCUCGCCCUCCCUCCCUUUUCGUCGCUCGCCCUCCCUCCCUUUUCGUCGCUCGCCCUCCCUCCCUUUCGUCGCUCGCCCUCCCUCCCUUUUCGUCGCUCGCCCUCCCUCCCUUUUCGUCGCUCGCCCUCCCUCCCUUUUCGUCGCUCGCCCUCCCUCCCUUUUCGUCGCUCGCCCUCCCUCCCUUUUCGUCGCUCGCCCUCCCUCCCUUUUCGUCGCUCGCCCUCCCUCCCUUUUCGUCGCUCGCCCUCCCUCCCUUUUCGUCGCUCGCCCUCCCUCCCUUUCGUCGCUCGCCCUCCCUCCCUUUCGUCGCUCGCCCUCCCUCCCUUUCGUCGCUCGCCCUCCCUCCCUUUCGUCGCUCGCCCUCCCUCCCUUUCGUCGCUCGCCCUCCCUCUCUUUUCGUCGCUCGCCCUCCCUCUCUUUUCGUCGCUCGCCCUCCCUCCCUCACCGUCUCUCGCCUUCCCUUCCUUUUCUGGUUUCAUCGGUUUCCCUGCUCCUUAUCUUCUGCCCCAUCAUGAUGAGCGCGGGAGAGCUGGAGUCCGGGAAUGCCGGCGAGCCCGCGGCGCUGAUUCGGCAGCGGUACCGCGAGGCGUCGGACGUGAUCAAGAAGGGCAAGAUGUGCUGCCUCUUCAUCAACGACCUCGACGCGGGCGCGGGCCGCAUGGGCGGUACGACGCAGUACACGGUGAACAACCAGAUGGUCAACGCCACGCUCAUGAACAUCGCCGAUAACCCCACCAACGUGCAGCUGCCCGGCAUGUACAACAAGGACGAGAUCCCCCGCGUGCCCAUCAUCGUGACGGGCAACGACUUCUCAACGCUGUACGCGCCGCUGAUCCGCGACGGGCGCAUGGAGAAGUUCUACUGGGCGCCCACGCGCGACGACCGCAUUGGCGUGGCGCAGGGCAUCUUCCGCCUCGACGGUGUCCCUGAGCAGGACGUUGUGACCCUUGUCGACACCUUCCCCGGCCAGUCCAUCGAUCUCUUCGGCUCCCUGCGCGCGUGUGUGUACGAUGACAAGGUGCGCAAGUGGGUGGGCAAGAUCGAUUUCUUUGGUGCCCUGCGCGCGCGUGUGUAUGAUGACGAGGUGCGCAAGUGGGUGGGCAAGAUUGGUGUGGACCAGGUCUCAAAGCACCUCGUCAACUCGCGGACGGGCCCGCCGAAAUUCGACCAGCCGAACAUGAACCUGGAGACGCUGCUGGCGUACGGCAACAUGCUGGUGAAGGAGCAGGAGAACGUCAAGCGUGUGCAGCUCGCCGACACCUACCUUGCAUCGGCCGCUCUGGGUGAUGCCAACCGCGACCAGAUGGAGCAGGGAACCUUCUUUGAAGGUGGCUAUGCCCAACAAGUGGGAGUGCCGGUGCCAUCAGGCUGCUCUGAUCCCAACGCUGUUAACUACGACCCCACCGUCCGCAGCGACGACGGCAGCUGCGUCUAUGACUUCGCCCAAUAA